AUUUUAGAGUGGUCGACAGACGCAAUAUUCGAGCGAUUGUUCCUCAAUAAUAUGGUUAGGAACAGCUUGAUUGUUUGUGCGCACACUCUACCGACUGUUAUCCAUGAAACAGACUCCAUAUGCGACAUUCCUGAUACUUCAUCAGCUUUUCUACGAGACUCAAAUGGUGUGUUUUCAGGAUCCGUGAGUGCACUUGUUUCGAUGGUUAAAUACUCGCCAACACAAGCAUAUUGCAUUAUCGCUGAGUUCGAACGAAAUUUAAGCGGUAAAUAUGUAACGGUCGAAGAGACAGACGAUCCACGAAGUUUAAAGAUUGCAAAAAUUAAAGAUAGUCCCGAAAAUUUGCGUGUUCUUCCAAUCUAUGUACAAGUGCACCACGUUCCAAAGAGUCGACUCCCUUUGGAACAUCUCACCGGACGACUCUCAGAAAGUAUCCUGGGACAAACGAAUUUGGAGCUGAAGAAGAAUGUCACUGUCGAUCUGAUGGAAGAUGCAGACUAUGAUGUAUGGCGUGAUCGUGCUGGCUUCAUUGUUACUGAUAAGCAACAAUUACGGCAAAUCACAGUCAAUGUCUAUGAAUUUCUUAAAACAUUACAACCAUCAAAAAAAAUAAAAGUGGUGCAAUUGGACGAGUCCUUAAGAGAUCUACUCCUGGAAUAUGAUCACUCGAUAUCAUCACUAAAUCGAGCCACAUUCUUGCAGUAUCUUUUCAAUGAUGCUACAACUGUAUUUGUCGCCGAAGAGCAGCAAAACAACAGUAGUAAUAAUGAUGAUCGUCAAAUUGUGGGAUAUAUGGUUGUAAAACGGGAUCGUAUUCUGGCACUUUACGCAGAUUCCACCGAUGUGGCACACACACUAGCUCAUCACUGGCUUCGAACAUCACGAUUUUUCAAGAUAACUUUGUGCUGUCGACAUCUCUGUUGGGAGGUUGAAGGAAAUGCCUCAACAGUAACGCAAACAAUUCAUCGUAGGCAUACACGUGCCGUACCGGGCAACAUCAGAUGGGAUCAUGUGUAUGCGAUCAAUAUUGGAAUGAAUAUUCUUUAA